AUGUUGUCCAAAAUUCUGUCCCUCAAAACGCUACUUGUUGCUAAUCGUGGCGAGAUCGCUGUGAGAAUACUAAAGACGGCCAAGAAACUCAAGCUCCGAACCGUGGUAAUCUAUAGCGAACCAGACUGCGCGUCAACACAUGUUCAUCUAGCGGAUGAAGCAGUCCUUCUUUCUGGUCCGCCGCCCCAGGUGUACGUUGAUGGGGACCAAAUUAUCGAAAUCGCGAAGAAGAAUAAUGUAGACGCUAUUAUCCCGGGAUAUGGCUUUCUAUCAGAAAAUGCAGACUUUGCGCGAGCAGUCACGCACGCGGGCCUAGUUUUUGUCGGCCCUUCACCAGAAAGUAUCGAAGCAUUUGGCCUCAAGCACACCGCACGAGAGCUCGCAACAAGGGCUGGUGUGCCUAUUGUUCCUGGCUCCAAAGGCCUCGUAGCGAGUGAGAUUGAAGCUGUAGAAGUCGCUAAGAGUCUUGGGUUCCCGGUCAUGCUCAAAGCGACAGCUGGCGGUGGCGGAAUGGGUUUAAGUACGUGCAACACCGAGGAGGAAGUACGGAAGUCGUUUCAAACCGUUAAAUCCAGAGGCAAGGCGUUGUUCAAAAACGCCGGACUUUUCAUUGAGUGUUACUACCCAUCUAGCCAUCAUAUUGAAGUCCAGGUUUUCGGCAAUGGACGUGGCAAAGCCAUCUCUAUCGGUGAGCGAGAAUGCUCCAUCCAAAGGAGACAUCAAAAAUUGAUAGAAGAAUGCCCAAGUCCGUUUGUCAUGAGGAACCUCGAACUGCGCAGAGAUCUGUGUGACGCCGCUGUCCGUCUAGCGGAGUCUAUUAAAUAUGGAUCGGCGGGGACGAUCGAAUAUCUUGUGGAUGAUGACACAGGGUCGUUCUUCUUCCUUGAGAUGAACACUCGUCUUCAGGUUGAGCACGGAAUAACCGAGUUGUGCUACGGAAUUGACCUGGUGGAGCUGAUGUUAAAGCAAGCAGAUGCCCAGCUGUCGGGCAAGAAAGGCCUGAGUGCAGAACUCCUGUCGAGCAUACCAGUAGGCGCUCCAUCCGGUGUAGCUAUUGAAGCCAGAAUAUAUGCCGAAAACCCGGUAAAAGAUUUCGCUCCUUGCCCUGGAACGUUGCAACACGUGGAAUGGAAAGAGAUCCCAGGCUCCAGAAUCGAUACGUGGAUUUACAGGGGCAUCCAAGUGUCUGCCAAUUACGACCCCCUGCUUGCAAAGGUCAUGUAUCAUGCUCCCACCAGACAAGAGGCCAUCAAGGGAAUGACAGACAUACUCGCGGGAUCGCAGAUUUGCGGCCCACCCACAAACCUCGAAUUUCUCUCUAAGAUACUUGCUGAUAAAAGCUUUACCGCUGGCAAUACUCUUACUAAAUUCCUAGACACGUUUGAACACAAUCUAUCAGCCAUUGAUGUCGUGUCCGGUGGCGCCUAUACACUAGUUCAAGAUUGGCCUGGCCGUCCAACUCUUGGGAGAGGUUUCUGUCACUCUGGACCCAUGGAUUCGUUUGCAUUCCGCAUUGCAAAUGCAUUAGUUGGUAACCCUUUGGGUGUUGAAGGACUCGAAGUUACCUUGAGCGGCCCAGAGCUACGCUUCCUAGGAUCAGCAAUUAUCUCGCUUUGCGGAGCCCCCAUUGACGCCAAACUUGAUGAUACGCCGAUACCAAUGUGGACAAGAAUCAAAGUAUCCGCUGGCCAGCGUUUGAAAAUUGGCAAGACUACCGGGAACGGAUGCAGAGCUUAUCUAGGCUUGUUUGGAGGGUUCUUAAACAUCGCAAAAUGGUUUGGCUCAAAGUCUACGGCACCAAUGGUCGGUGUGGGGGGCUAUCAAGGUCGACAGCUUGCAGCUGGAGACUACAUAUCAAUUAGGCACCAGAUCCCAGAGGUCGCCGGGGAUCUCUCUAUCCCAGGGCAUCUCAUCCCGCAGUAUCCAAAGAACUGGGAAAUCUUAUUCAUGCCAGGACCAUACGAUGAGGGAUAUAUUGUUCCCGAAAGUAUCGACAUGCUCUAUAGUGCGGAAUGGACUGUUUCUCACAACGCCGCUCGAGGUGGAAUUCGUCUACUCGGUCCCAAGCCAACUUGGGCUCGUCCAGAUGGAGGAGAUGGUGGUGCCCAUCCGUCGAACCUGAUCGAGUAUGGAUAUGCAAUUGGAUCCCUCAACUGGACGGGCGAUGAUCCUGUGGUCUUUUCUCAGGAUGCACCGGAUCUUGGGGGUUUCAUCAGCAGCCAUACAAUCGUCAAGGGAGACUUGUGGAAGCUGGGACAGGUGAAAGCGGGAGAUACUCUAAUGUUCAGAGCUACGUCUCUGGAAGACGCCUUGGUUAUUCGUAAUGCGGUAGAGAGAUUCAUUAAUGAUGUUGUGCAUACUGUUGUGCCGCUAAAGACUGACCUUCCUCCUGUGUUGCCCCAAGGGACUCGAGGCUCUGGUGUUGUUCACACCGUCCCUGAGAAAGGAAACCAGCCUCUCGUUUCGUAUCGACAGGCAGGAGAUGACUACAUCUUAGUCGACUACGGAACGGGAUCGUUCGACCUAAAUCACCGCUGCCGAGUAACAGCCCUAAAGAAAGCCCUCAACGAAGCCAAAGGCGAAAUCACAUUCUCUACUGGCUUAAUCUCUAUGGUCGGCUGUGGAAACUCCCUAAUGCUCUACUACGACGGCACAAAAGUCCCCCAAAAGAAGCUAAUCAAAUACCUCUGCGACAUCGAAACCCAAAUUGGCGACCUCAGCCAAGCAAAGAUGCCCAGCCGCACGCAACGUCCCUACGCCGUGUACCUCCCAGACAACAUGGACUUCGUGGCAAGGAACAAUGCCUUCACGCGCGAGGAACUCGAAAGAAUCUACCUCACCGCAACCUUCAUGGUGAUUUCCGUAGGGUUCUUCACUGCUCUCCCGCUCGCGCUCCCCGUUGACCCUCGACACCGCAUGAACGCUCCCAAGAUGAACCCGAGCCGGGUCUUUACACCCGCCGGACAAGUUUCAUGGGGGGGGGGGGGGGGGGGGGGUUGUAUGGCACUCCCCCCCGGCGGCUACCAACUAACGGGCCUCACAAUCCCCGGCGUAGACAUCCUAGGCUCCAAACGCGACUACGCACCGCACAAACCAUGGCUCUUCGAAGACUUCGACCAAAUCACCUUCCACCGAGGCCGAAGUCGCUUCGCUCCGGGCCAGGCAACGCAAGGCGCAGACGGAGCUGGAUGGAUUGGAAACGGGGCUUUUGGCGCGAUGAUCCUGCCGUGCCCGUUGAAUGCAAAUGUCUGGAAAGUUGAGAUUAAGGAAGGCGAUGCCGUGGAGGAGAGCCAUUUGGUGGCUGUCCUGGAAGCUAUGAAGCUUGAAAUUGCUGUGCGGGCUGAAUCUCCUGCUGUUGGUGGUGUGGUUGAAAAGAUCCUCGUUCAGCCUGGUGAUUCUAUCUAUCGAGGCUGGAAACCCCUUUGGUGUUGGUCCGGAAACUUGCCAAUUGAGGGGAGUUGA